CAAGAAUUAAUAUAGGUCGAUAAACCUACUAUCCUUACCACUGAAGACUGAAGACAGAUAUUGAUUAUUGGAUGAUAAAUGACCUUAGGGAGACCUAUUAUCCAAAGCUGUGCAGUACUGUCUGCAAAUGACCUAUAGAGUUUCAGGACUGUUGCAGAGGAGCGGUAAAAUAUUAAAAGGAUGUUAUUACGGCACAUUGAAGCUUGCAGUAGAUGGCAGUAUAAAGCGUGCCAAACCACCUAAUUAUGAUUUCUUUGGCUCUGGAAAUAAUUACCUAAGAUUCCUAUUUGAUAAUACUAAAACUAUGGACCGAUUUAACGAUAAUUCAAAAGUAAUAGUGGUCGAAGGUAAUAUUGCCUCCGGAAAAUCUAACGUCGCUGCUAAGUUGGCUAAAUAUCUUGAUAUGGAGUAUUUUCCUGACCCAACUGAAGACGACAUAUAUGUUUAUAGAAAUGUGGAGCCAAAUUUUGAUAUUCGCUGUCACAACUUUUUGCUUCCUGAUUAUGCAAAAUACUAUACAUGUGAAAUGUUUUGGAAUGAACCGGAUCUCAUAAAUAAAGGAAAAGGACUAUAUCUUCAAUACCACUUCUACUUAAGACGUUAUUGGAAUUACUUAAGAGCAUUAUGUCAUUUAUUUAAUACAGGUCAAGGCGUUGUGAUUGACCGAAGUCCGUUUUCAGAGUUUAUAUUCGCUGAAGCCAUGCAUAAGUGCAAUUAUUUGUCAGAACGGGGAUUAUUAUGGUUCAAACAAAAUCACACGAUGACUAUAAACAACCUCUGGAAACCGCAUCUACUAGUGUACAUCAAGGCUCCUAUUAAGCAAAUACGUGAAAAAAUAAAGAAACGUAAUAUCCCUUGGGAGGUAAACGCACGCAAUCUGACUGAUGAAUUCUUAAAUGCUUACGAAGACUUACUUGGAAAUUACUAUAUAGAAAAUAUGGACCGUUACUCUCAUAUCCUCACUGUUGAUGGUUCUACAGUGGAUGUUUACGAUGAUGAUGAUAUCUUUAUUAUUGCACAAAAUGCCACUGAAAUUGACUUAAGUGGUCAAUAUUUAAUGCGUGAUGAUUACAAACUUCUCCAAUGGCGUCUUGCUUUAAGAUACGCAAGUAGUAUAACAACUUCCAGACUCGAUUUUUCAAAUGCUCAUGAAAAAUUUACAAGAGUAUUUGAUCAAGUAGAAUUUCCUAUGGAUUUAAAUGAAUUAACUUAUACUUAUGAAGCACAAGAAUUACAAGGUGCAGCUAUUCAUAUGGAUCCUCGUACUUGUAUACCACCGGCAUAUAAUCCAAAAUAUAAAAGUAUACUUGAAAUAAUGUUUAAUCCAUGGAUUAUAAAAACUAAUUUCAGGGCUGAUCUACCAAAAAAUUAUAUUUGGAAGUAAAUAUAUUAUUGUGUUUUAUUCUUUAUAAUAUACAAAACAACAUUUACCAUAUUGAAUUGAAUAGUGGAUAAUCUGUUUAUUCCACUGAUUCUGGUGAUUGAAUUAACUUCGAUUCAUUCAUUGAAACAAUUAGGAAUAUAUAUAUAUAUAUAUACCUUUUAGGUAGUAUGUAUACAUCAUUUAUAUUGUGUUGCCCGUUUAAACACUUUCGAUUGAAUGGAUUUUCAUCUUUUGUAUGUGUUGUAUAGAAAUAUGAAAUGUUUAGAAUAGAAAUUGUUAUAAUUCUC